CCUGUUCUUCCCCACAGCGACACUGACAAGCUAACCCAGCCUGCUGGGCAUCCCCGCGCUGGGCUCGAGCCUGUGCAGGAGGAUGGAGCCAAGGGAGAGGGUGGUGCAGGAGCGUGGGGAAAUCGGGUUGUCUCAGCCGUUAUUGGUCCGCGCAGUCAGGGCAUCCUCCACAUCCUUCCAUGGCUCUGAAGAAUAAAUUCAGUUGUUUAUGGAUCUUGGGUCUGUGUUUGGUAGCCAGUACAUCUUCCAAAAUCCCAUCCAUCACUGACCCACACUUUAUAGACAACUGCAUCGAAGCCCACAACGAAUGGCGUGGCAAAGUCAACCCUUCCGCGGCCGACAUGAAAUACAUGAUUUGGGAUAAAGGUUUAGCAAAGAUGGCUAAAGCAUGGGCAAACCAGUGCAAAUUUGAACAUAAUGACUGUUUGGAUAAAUCAUAUAAAUGUUAUGCAGCUUUUGAAUAUGUUGGAGAAAAUAUCUGGUUAGGUGGAAUAAAGUCAUUCACACCAAGACUUGCCAUUACAGCUUGGUAUAAUGAAACCCAAUUUUAUGAUUUUGAUAGUCUAUCAUGUUCCAGAGUCUGUGGCCAUUAUACACAGUUAGUUUGGGCCAAUUCAUUUUACGUCGGUUGUGCAGUUGCAAUGUGUCCUAACCUUGGGGAAGCUUCAACUGCAAUAUUUGUAUGCAACUACGGACCUGCAGGAAAUUUUGCAAAUAUGCCUCCUUACAUAAGAGGAGAAUCUUGCUCUCUCUGCUCAAAAGAAGAGAAGUGUGUAAAGAACCUCUGCAGGACUCCACAACUUAUUAUACCUAACCAAAAUCCAUUUCUGAAGCCAAUGGGGAGAGCACUUCAGCAGACAGCCUUUAAUCCAUUCAGCUUAGGUUUUCUUCUUCUGAGAAUCUUUUAAUGUCAUUUAAAUACAAAAGAAAUUCUCAAAUGUUAAAAUAAAGGAACAGUUUAUUGCUUAAUAUAA